UACAUGGUUCCAGUCGGUUCCAAUACAACUUAAAAAGCAUCGCAUGUAAGGCUGUCAAGUGGUGGUGUGUUGACUGGGGAUAAUUGUCUUCUUUGCAGCUCCCGUCAGUGAAAUGUAUAAAAGACAUGUGGAUAUAUGUUGUUUUUGACAUACUGCACACUGCUGUAUACUAUUGUAUACGGUUUAGUUACGAAUGUAAUGUAAAGUACAACGCAUUGUUGGGCAAGUGUCCCGUAAAGAGAGCCUAAGUGCGGAGGGUUUUUCGUAAUUUUAACAUAUCUAUAAACUUCGGAGGGAUAAUUUUGCGUGAUGAGUUGGGCCACUAUGUUGCUUAGUGUGUACUAUAAACAAUAGCAUGUUAAGAAAUCAAAGAUAAUAUAAACUUUUCUUUCUAAAUGCGUGAUAAUCAGUGUUUGAAAUGUAGUGUAUAUCUCCUGAAGCGGCGAAGCAAAGGAAAUUAAGAAUGGCUCAGUUAGUGUUGGUGUGAAUGGGCUAUGGCAUAUUCGUGUGUGCAGGUUUUGUUUGAAAUUGGCCACGAAGCAACUAUUCGAACGAAGCGCACACCAGAAGGUUUUACACAUGACUGGGAGGUGUUCGUGCGAGGAGCUGAUAACACUGAGAUAAACCACUUUGUGGAUAAAGUUGUAUUUCAUUUGCAUGAAACAUUCCCGAAACCAAAAAGAGUUGUCAAGGAUCCGCCAUACUCAGUUAAAGAGUCUGGGUAUGCAGGUUUCAACCUGCCUAUUGACAUUUGUUUCCGAACUGAUGACGAACCCAAGAAGGUCAGUUUCAAUUACGACUUAGAUUUACAACCAGUAAAGGUGCAGCGUGAGAAAUAUGUUUUUCGUAACCCGGAUGAGGAUCUGAGGCGUCGGCUGAUAUGUGGCGGCGGGGUAGGAGUGGGCUCAGAUUCUAGCAUCUCAGGCCAUCUGAUACCUGGAGAAAAACUGAGAUCUGCUCUAGCCACUGUUGCUUCAUCUGAUGAGGCUCCUUCAUCCAAACCACCUGGUGCACUUCUUGUUGGCAAAGUUAAGUUGAGUGGGGAUUCAGCCAAGAAACACAAGAUUAAAGAAUAUCGUCCUGAAGAACAGCGGACCACCAACUCUUUUCAUGAGUUGUUUGGGACACCAAUCAAAACCACUAAAGCUUCACCUGACCCCAAGAAACCUUCGCCAUCACCCAAAGUGUCACCAUUACCUAAACCUGUCAAACCUCCUGACAAACCAAGUAGUGACAAACAGGUAAGUGGCUCAAAACCUGUGAAACAUAGUGCACAGAAAGAUUUGCGAGAAGUGGUUGGCAGCAGUUCAAAAGAAGAGAAGAAAGAUCGAAAUAAGGAUCAUGACAAGAACAAAGAGAAAACAAAGCAUCCAACUACAUCACCGAAACGGCCCCCUACUCCACCAAAAUUCCCAUCUGCUUCUAAACCAAUGAAAGAAGAACCCAAAAAGGUUCAAGUUGAAGAACCUAAAGGGAAGAGUGAUUCAAAAUCUUCGGAUGAUUCAAGUAAAAGUGAAAAGAAGAAAAAAGAUAAGAAAAGUAAGGAGGAAAAACCAAAGAAGGAAAGACACAAGGAUCGUGAUAGCAAGUCUUGUGAAAAGAUAGAUAAGAAUGAAAAGUCAGCAAAAGAAUGUAAAGGUAAAGAAAAAGAGUUAGGUAGGAAGCCAGAGAAGGACUCAAACAAGGAAUCAGAAAAGCUGAAAGAAAGAGAAAAAUUAAGUAGUGAUGGUGACAAAGAGCGUGCUAGGCAUAAGCAUAAGAAGAAGGAGCGAAAUAAACGGGUUGAAAAUGGAAAAGAGAGAGAGCGAGACAGAGAGAAAGGAAUAAAGAAAGGUGUAUCAGAUAACAAAAAAAUUAGUGUGACCAGUGAUCGAGACAGAAAUGGCUUAACAUCUGAUACUAGCAAGAAGUGUUCACGUAGUUGUUCUCGUAGUCCGCAACAUCCUAUAUCAUCUCCUACCAAACCAUUUCCCUCACCGGAGAAGCUGGUACAUCCACCUGCAGCCAAGGACAAGCCUGCCAAGCGUCCUCUCACUAAGUUGUUUGAUGAGCUGAAGGAUCAUGAGUCUAGUGAUUCUAACCUCUCUCCAGAUGAGGACUCAAUUGAACUUCCAGCUCCUCCCCAAUUAACCAAACCAUCUACACGUGUGGAAAACAAUGGCAAGUUAGAAAUUGCAGUUAAGCGUGAUGUUGCAAAUAAAAGUCUGGUAAAUACAGGUAGCAAUAGUCAAUCAAACUGUAUAUUUGAGGGUACAAAAUCUAAGCUUGAAAUUGUAAACCAAGAGAGAAAUAGUCUGACAAAGGUAGGUAGUUGUAAAGAGAAGGAUAAAAGUGCAUCAAAGAAAAUUAAAGAGAGGAAAGGUCCUAGUAGCGGUGGGAAGGAUGAAAGUGGGAGAAGAGAUAAGGAUACAAGUAAGAAACGGAAACAUAAGAGCAGUGGAAAGGAGAGAGGGGAGGAAACAAGUGGGGGUGGGAGAGAAGAUGGUCUGACAGCUCCAAAAUUACAAAAAUUGAAUCCUGAGCUGAGUAGAACAGAUGAUCCUGUUGAAUGGAUACCCACAGAGGUGGAAGUGCAAGCAGAGGUAAGUACUACAACAACUUCAGCUGAUGAAGUUCAGGCUGUGGAGAUGUUUUCUGCCCCCAUUGUGGAUCCUGCCACUGUCACUGCUACACAAGUCCAGUUCUCUCCAGACUAUGUUUCACAGCUGAAAGAUCUACAAAGAAAAAUUAUGACACUAGAAGACAAUGCUGAACUGCAGCGUGUGGUGCAAGUAAUAGCUGAGACAGGCCGGUAUGAAAUUACAAAGAAAACAUUUGACUUUGAUUUAUGUGCUUUGGAUCGCAGUACAGUGAAGAGGUUACAGGAUUUCUUUACACCCUUGUGACAACAACAAAAACCAGAAUGUUGUUAUAUUAAACUUGGAAUUUAUGUACAUUACAUUACUCAACUCAGGAAGAUCUGCUGUAGGUUGCAAUGCAGCUUACUUCAUUUUAUGCAAACACAGUUUCCAUCUGGAGCAGAACUUCUUGAGAUGUUUCUCACCGUAGUUCCAUUUUAUCUCUUCCAGUUUCAUGAACUAGAACUUCCAGUAAACUAAAUUUUACAGUGUAGAGCCAGUAGCAUCUGGUAACAAACCUCUAUUUAAGAAGAUUAUAUACAGUCUGAGAUGUGAUACCACAUAGUUUGGUAGAUAGGUACCAACAUUUUGGAGAAACCUGCUGUCUCCAGCUUCUGCUCUGAAGGUGGAGGCAGCAGGAUCCUCCAGAAUUUUGGUACAUGUUUAUCAUACUACACAGCUUCACAUCCCAGAACAUCAUAAUCUUAUUGUUCACCACCAUGGGAAUCUCAAAUCUCAGUUUUAUAAUGACAGUUCCAGAGGAAUUUCAGUUAUCCUAAUGGAAAAGGCAUAUAUUUUAAAAAUGAUGGCUUAUUUUAUAUUAUUUUAUUUUAUUUUGUAUUAGUAUCUCAGAAGCAUUAACAAUAAGCAUGCAAAGUAGUUGAGUUUCUGAUGGUGAUGGUGUAAAUAGAGAAGAUGGGAUGCUACUUAAACAUGCUACUCUGUCCAUACAGACGCCUCAGAGGUACAUAUAUGUGUUCAGGGUAGUGUUGCAAUUUGAGAAAUCAAAUUUUGUAAAUGUAAUUUAUGCUUCAAAUUUAAUAGUGAUUUAAGAAAAAUAUGUUUUCAUAAAUUUAUUUUGUGGUGUGGUUUGCAUUAUUGCCUAUUCAUCAUUUUGCACCAUAUGAAUUUAGUAAUAGUUUUUAUUUCUAGGAUUUUAUGUUUGCAGUUAUUAUUCAAAGGUAUUGAAUGUACUUUCAUAUGUGAAUGUAUAGGUAUUCGUAUGUGAUGGAUGUGAUACAUGUUUAGUAGAUUCUGCACCUGCUCUGUUACUAUGAAGUUGCAAUAUUGUUUUACAUUACCAUAAUGGUACUUCAAAGUGCAUGUGAUAAAUUCUUCUGACAGUGUUAUUAUUUAAAUAUGAAGACUGGUGUAUUAUUAUAUUAGUUUUUGUUGUCAUAUAUUGUUUUUGUUAAGCAGUGUUUAUUUUUGUCAAGUUCUUGCUGUUAAUUAUUUUUCCUACAUUUCUGUAUGUACAUUAUACAGUCAGUUGUAUGUUGUUGGACCAUGAAAGACCUGUACAUAAAUAAUAGUAUUGGGGUGCAUUUAGAAGUAUCACUUCACACCACUGAAAAGGGAAGUUAAAUGUGCUUAUACAGAGAGCUCAGAGGAAGCUUAAUGCCACAGGUAGGCCAUCUCCUUAUUUCACCUUACCCCUCAUACCUUCUACUAGGUCUAGUCAGUCAGUUCCAGAAGGGGUACUCAGCAAAGCUGUGUUCAGAACCAGUACUAAAAUACUUGCCCUGAUUCUGUGGCUUGAAACCAUCCAUUCAAGCAGUACAAGAAACUGAAAGGUAAAAUGAGAAGGAAAGUUGCCAGAUGUUACUGAAGAUGCUGAAAGUGGUUACAGGGAGCCCUUAAACACCAAACACCCCUUGCAUCUUCAAAGGAAUCCCUGCACAAUAAGCUGAAGUUCAUUGGCUGAAAUAGAAGCAGCCACAUUCCUUAUCUCAUUUUGAAGAGCUUCAGCAGUGUAAAGUGUGUUCCUUUACAAUUUUCCUUCAGGUUCUCCCACAGAUAAAAAAUCACAGACCCAAAGUUUUGGCAAUUUUGGAGCCCACAUUCCUCUACUAAUGAUCCUGUUAUCAAACACCUCUAUAUUUUGGCAGUAAAUAUUCUUAAAUCAGGAGUGUGCAUUAUUGGUUAUCACUGAGCACAAGUGUGACUUCCACCUUAUCUCUUCCAGAGCUGACCAUCCUGAGCUAGUGGAAAGGUCAAGGAGUAACACCAAAUAAUUAGCUGGGCUUCCUGUGGCAUUGUCUUAUUUUCUCUAAUUCUGAGCACAGUGUAUCUUGUGAGUCAGAUUUUAUGUGACCUUUUUCACGGCUCUGAGACACUCCUGUGCUCAGCUUUCUUUUUUUUGUAUAUUUAUGUAUUAUGGUGGGAACCGAAUGCCAAUUUAGACCAUUAUAAUGUACUUAAAAUUAAUAUGGCACCCUUUUUUCUUUGGUUAAUUUGAUGUUUCAUAAAAUGAAUUAAUUUUUCAAGAAAACUUGAGUCUUGAGCAUGUAAAAUUUUUACCUUGAUUAGAAAUGUAUAUUAUCUAUACAUAUGUAUUGCACUGUGGAGAUAUUUAUAAUCUUUAAGUACUGAGUUAUCCUGCCUCGGUCUAUGUGCCAUAUUUUCACGUUGAAAUAUUUAAUUAGUUAUUACUGUAGUGUAACCAUGAUACAAUAAGUGUGGAUUACAAUGAGAAGUUAAUUAUAGCAGCAAGAAUCAUUGUUCCCAUCAGUUUCUUGAUGUUACAUACAUAUGUGGAAAAAUCUCACACAAAAUGAGGGCCUUGGGAGGGGGGAUGAGAAUAUGUAAGGUAGAAAGGUAAAGGUGUUCCCUGUGCUU